GGGAGGGAGGGGCGGCGGGGCCGAGCCGAGACGAGCGGGACGCGCAGGCCACGGGCGGCCGCCGCCAGGAUGCCCCGGCCCGCUGGCCGCUCCGCCGCCGGCCACCCACGCGGUCCCCGGCGGCCCGCGCUCGGCCCGGGGGCGCGGGAGCCGCAGCCGGAGCCGGAGGCGGGAGCAGCGAGCUGGAGCCCCGGGCGCCCGAAUGCAGGGUGAGCGCCGCCGCCCUAGCCCGGGGGCGGCAGGGCAGGGGACCCCCGGCGGGAGGACUUUGGGCGGGGAGGGGCUGUCCGUGGUCGGUCGGUCACGGGGUCUGUCCGAUGGCCGCGGGCUCCGCUUAAGGCUGCGCACCCCUCCCCCCAACUUGGGGACCUUCGGGGUAACUUCCCCGGGGUCCGCCCCUUCUUCUGAGCCUGGCAGCGCCGCCCCGGGGGGCUUGCUUUCAGGGGGCGGGGAUGGCCGCUCUGGGGGUCCUGGGCCCACCCCUGCCCAGCGUAACUCGGGAGGCGUCCGGGACCGCAGUCCCGUCAGCGUUUGGCUCGCGGCCGACGCUCGGACGCGCCCUCGGGGCUGGGCAGAGCUGGGGGCCCCGCUGGGGCAGGACCGCGCGCCUGGCCGGGCGGGGGAUCGGAGGACGGAGGAGCGGGGACCGCGAGGGUGGAGGGCGGGCGUGGCGGAGAUGUGGAGGCUACUCGCCGAGAGCUCCGCCCUGGGCGGCGGCCGAGCGGGGCCCUGCGGGACUGAUGGGUAGCAGAGCCGGCGGAGAGCAGCCUGGGGGCGGCAGGCUGAGCCCGGGAAUCCUUUCAAGUUCUGGGUUCUCUUUGUUGCGCAAUAGAGCCCGGGGGCCGUGGGGCCUCAUUGGCCCGGGGCCGCGACGUCACGCCGGAGCCCCGCCCGCUGACCCUGCGGAGAGAGUCCGGUGGGUCCCAGGUCCGCCACACCUGCAGCCUGCACUGCGGUGUCCUGGGGGGGCGCGGGGGGUGGCAGGGAGCGUCUCCGGGAUCCAGGCGCAGCGGGAAGCCCAGUCCUGAAAUGCUGCGGAGCCUGAGUGGGCUGCGGGAGAAACUUCCCAACAGGGGGCGGUAACACCCCUGGAGUGUUGGGGCCUGGACCCUAGUGUCCCCUGCUCCCUGUGAUUGAGAAUGAACAGAAGGUGUCACCAGCCUGGAAGAAGGGGGUCUGCUUGUUUCCGCAGAGCCAGCCCCCUCUCACUCUGCAUUUGGAGACCUUGCUCUCCACCCCACCCCGGUGACACUCCUCUCCCAUCGCAGGACCACCACGCUCAGGAGUCCAUAAAGCCAGCCUCCAUACUUCCUCCCUGUGCUGCACUGGGCUCUGAGCCUCAGUGUUCCCAUCUGCAUUGUGGGGACAGUAGGACCCAUCUUGCAGGGGCAGGAGGCCCAGAAAGACCACCUCAGCUCAAGGAACAAAAAAAUGCCAAGUUUCUGAGCAUUUUAAUGUUUCAGACAUCAGGAUUUUGAUGUCAGGAGAGUGGAGUUUGGAUCCUGGCUCGGGAACCUAAGAGCUUGGUUACCUCCCCUUAACCAUCUGUAAAAUGGGAACAAUGGCAGUCCUUCAGACAAGAUCACUGGGGGUGCGAACUGAGGGGGGUGUGCCUGUUCGAAGGAGGAUUGCCUCCUCCCUCUACUUGUAGGGCACAUUCUCCUGCCCACACAGACCUAGGGCCUCUCCCUGCAGUGAGACACUGCUCGGCUAGACUCAGGGAAGAACCGGCACCAGGAAGGGUUGUACCAGUGGCAGCCUGUGGCACCUUCCCUACCACUCUGGACCAGCAAUCAACAGGUGGGCAGUGUGGGCUGGGCCAGGCGCAGGGUCACAAGAGUCAGACAGCCUGCCUGCUUGGGCUUCUGAGGGAAGGCCUCCCAAUCUGACGGCCAAGGCGGCGCGAUGCGAGUAGAAAUGGAUGGCAGCCCACCACUUGCAUGCCGAGUCCGGUUUUCCAUUUGACAAUGUAAGCCUCUGCCCGCUCUGGACCCCUGGUAGGCUGCCAGACACCCCACCUGGCUGUGUGUAGCCCUGUGGCCUCAUUACCCUCCAAGCUGGGCUGUCCCAGGUUCUGGCUGGGGUGACUGUGCGUCUGCCUGCAGGUCUGAGGCUCGUGCACACCUCUGAGCUCAGUGUUUUGAAGAGACAGCGUAGCUCAGUGAGCAGGGAGGUCUUUGGUACAGACAUCUACGUGGCAAGCAUUUAUUGAGCACUUACUGUGUGCCUGGCUCCAUUCUAAGCGCUUUCCCUGGCAUAGCUUACCGGCUACCCACACACUUCUCGAGGCAGAUAGAGACUAUCAUGUCUACGUACAGAUGAGAAAACUGAGGCCCAGCUGAGUCACGUGACUGGCUGGGGAGCUAAAGCUGGAGUCUAACAGCUCUUCACCCCAUACCGAGUGGCCUCUGUAUGCUGAAGUCAAGGAGGCUUGCUGGACAGCAGAACGGCUGGUGGAGGGUUCAGCGGGGCCGCCUCACCCCCCACGCUGGGUCUGGGGUGGGGAAGGGGAGGCAGCUUUGUGAGCAGAAGCCUAAUGUUUGGGAAGGAAGUUCCCUGGCCCCAGGAGUCCCCCAGCCUCCGCUAAAAGGCCCUUAGUGGGCACUGGUGUGGUCCAGAUUAGACUCCUCCUGUGGGUCAGGGGCCUGGACAGGCCCACUGCAGGGGCACAGAGAUGAAUGACACCCAUCAGGACUCAAGAGAUCCUUCGGUGUCCGUGGGGCUCAGGCCACACCCUGCACGAGACAAGCAGGGGAGCCUGGCAGCAGGCUGGGAGGUGUCACUUCCCCUGUCCUGAGUGCCAGGGGCCUGCAAUGGCCUGUCCACCCCAAGCUGGAGACAGUCCCUGAAGGAUCACGUGGCUGUGUCUGGCUCAGUGGUGCCCAUAAGUGUUGGGGGCAACAAAUUUGCAGCCAAUGAGAUUACACAGGCUAGAGGGUGAGAAGGCCCAAGUGUAGGCAGCGUACAUAGUAGACCUGCACUGAGCACUGCACUUGUCCCCCACGCCACCUGCUCCAGGCUGUGGCCAGAGGGGCCUGCUGUGGGGGGCCUCACGUCAGAGGGACCGGCCAGUGCUCUGCGCAGGGACGCGCCGAGCUGGGAAGCGGGGGGACUCACCGCCAGGCCCACUGGCAGGAUGGGGCGGCUCCCCAACACGUGCCUCCUGCCCCACGUCCUAGGUCCCUGGUUCCUACCUAUCCACAGGCCGUCCUUGGGGGCAGGUUCUGGUCCCUGGACCAGCUACAGUCCCAUGCUGCCUGCGGCAUCCAGGGCAGCCACCGUGUGUGAGACCGGGCCCGCCCCAGGCGCUAGAGAUGCGGCGUCUGUCCACCCCAGCCUCCCCCUGGAGGAAGCCUCAUCGUCCCUGUUUCAGAGUAGGACGUGGGUGCAGGGACUUUGCUGGGGCCACAUGACUAGUACACUAGAGCUUAGUGUACCCCCCAGCCCGGGGUAGUGCCAGGGCCUGCCAGGCGUGCACGGCCAUGGAAGGCCUGCUGGGGGCUGACCUGGGUAAAGCAGGCCGCCCUUUCCCAAGGUGGGCACGAGAGUGGUCCCCAGAGCAUCCCUUCCUUACAGGGGAGGUUCAGGGCACUCAUCCUCCAGGCAUGUCCUCAUUGGCCAAAGGAAGUGGAAACCAAUGAAAGUGAGGGCCCCCAGCAUGCACUGGGGGAGUCUCGCGUGGGCUGUGUGAGGAUUUGGGGAGUUUGAUGGUGAGAGGGCUGGUUCUGGGACAGGACCAGGUACACACGCGGCACAGCGCCCACCUGGGCCCGGCCUGGCGGCUUCCCUGAGGAUGCAGGCGGCCUGGAAGGAAGCCUAGGUGCCGCACCUUGACCAGGAGUAGGUGGAGAUGUUCACGGUCCCUGGUGUCCCCAGGCCACCACGUGUGAGUGCUGCUGCUCGGAGCUGAGCCCUGGCUUGAGGAGGAUGUCCCAGCCGCCGGCCAGCUCCCCUCUGCACCAUGAGUGAUGAGCGGCGGCUGCCUGGCAGCGCGGUGGGCUGGCUGGCCUGUGGAGGCCUCUCCCUGCUGGCCAACGCGUGGGGCAUCCUCAGCGUGGGGGCCAAGCAGAAGAAGUGGAAGCCCCUGGAGUUCCUGCUGUGCACGCUCGCGGCCACCCACAUGCUCAACGUGGCCGUGCCCAUCGCCACCUACGCUGUGGUGCAGCUGCGGCGCCAGCGCCCCGACUACGAAUGGAACGAGGGCCUCUGCAAGGUCUUCGUCUCCACCUUCUACACCCUUACCCUGGCCACCUGCUUCUCCGUCACCUCCCUCUCCUACCACCGCAUGUGGAUGGUCCGCUGGCCCGUCAACUACCGGCUAAGCAACGCCAAGAAGCAGGCGGUGCACACGGUCAUGGGCAUCUGGAUGGUGUCCUUCAUCCUGUCGGCGCUGCCUGCCGUCGGCUGGCACGACACGAGCGAGCGCUUCUACACCCACGGCUGCCACUUCAUCGUGGCUGAGAUUGGCCUGGGCUUCGGCGUCUGCUUCCUGCUGCUGGUGGGCGGCAGCGUGGCCAUGGGCAUGGUCUGCACGGCCAUCGCCCUCUUCCAGACGCUGGCGGUGCAGGUGGGGCGCCGGGCCGACUUCCACGCCUUCACCGUGCCCACCAUCGUGGUGGAGGACGCACAGGGCAAGCGCCGCUCCUCCAUCGACGGCUCCGAGCCCGCCAGGACCUCGCUGCAGAUCACCGGCCUGGUGGCCACCAUCGUCGUCAUAUACGACUGCCUCAUGGGCUUCCCUGUGCUGGUGGUGAGCUUCAGCAGCCUGUGGGCUGACGCCUCGGCGCCCUGGAUGGCACUGUGUGUGCUCUGGUGCUCAGUGACCCAGGCCCUGCUGCUGCCUGUAUUCCUCUGGGCCUGCGACCGCUACCGCGCUGACCUCAAGGCUGUCUGGGAGAAGUGCAUGGCCCUCAUGGCCAACGACGAGGACUCGGGUGAUGAAACCAGCCUGGAAGGUGGCAUCCCCCCAGACCUAGUGUUGGACCGCUCCCUGGACUACAGCUAUGGGGGUGACUUUGUGGCCCUGGACAGGACGGCCAAGUAUGAGCUCUCUGCCCUGGAGGGGGACCUGCCCCAGUUCUACCCUCUGCGGCCCUUGCAGGAGGACAAGAUGCAGUACCUGCAGGUCCCGCCCACGCGACGCUUCUCCCACGACGACGCGGACGUGUGGGCCGCCGUUCCGCUGCCCACGUUCCUACCGCGCUGGGGCUCUGGCGAGGACCUGGCCGCCCUGGUGCUGCCUGGCGGGCCCGACCGGCGCCGCGGAGGCCUGCUGGCGGAGGACGCGCCCCCCUUCCGCCCGCGCCGUCGCUCGGCCGAGAGCCUGCUGUCGCUGCGUCCCCCGGCCCUGGACAACGGCCCGCGCCUCGCCCCUGGCUCGCCCCCCGGCAGCCCGCGCCGCCGCGCCGGGCCCGGCGCCCGCUGCGCCUCGGCCUCGCUGCUUCCCGACGCCUUCGCGCUGACCGCCUUCGAGCGGGAGCCACAGGCCCUGCGCCGCCAGCCCGCCUCACCGGGGCCCUUCCCCGUCCGCGCCCUGCCCCGCGACGGCGCCCAGCCCGGCGGGGACGCGGCGCCCCCUGGCGGCGGCGGCGCGCAACGGAGCCCCGGGCCGCGCCCGGCCGCACACGCGCAUUCCAGGACCCUGCGGACCGGCCUGAGCGCGUCGUGGGGCGAACCCGGGGGCCUGCGCGCGGCGGGCGGCGGCGGCGGCAGCAUCAGCAGCUUCUUGAGCUCGCCCUCGGAGUCGUCGGGCUACGUCACGCUGCACUCGGACUCGAUGGGUUCGGCGUCUUAGGGCCCGCCGGCGCCUCCCCAAGCCUCCAGGCGGGCCGGGCCACCCACGGGGCCAAAGCACCAAAGAUGCCAUCCUAACCCGGCCCAGGCUCGGGGCAGGCUACGCUGAGGCCGCCGGCGGCGCCUGAACUUGCGCUAGCCCUGACGGGGCGGCGGCUGUGUGCCGCCCCGGAAGCGGCCAUUGCCUGGAGGGGCAAAGCCCGCCCCGGACGACCACACUGGGCACGGGCCAGCCUCUGGGCAGGGCAUCUCUGGGCAGAGUGAGGCUGGGGCUUGGGAAAAGGCGGGCUCCGCACGGGGCAGCUGGCUACCGCCGGACGGAACAAAGCCCAGCCCUGCAGGAGCCACCAGACUGCAGCCGCUUCCCACUCUGCACCGUAAUUGUCACACCUCAGGGGGUGGGGUACAGAGAGGGUCUGUAAGCACAGGGGUCUUCAGAGCCCAAACCAAGUUCUCUGAGCAGGUCUCCCUGCUGACUUGUUCUGCCUUGGUUUCUGCAUCUGUGAGGAGCAGGUGACCGUGUUAGCUCUCAGGACUGUCUGGACAAGUCUCCUGGUCUGUGUGCCCCGGCCGCCACCGAGGGGACAGGGAGUGAGUAGUGGAGGACCCUCCAUGGGUCCUUUGUGGGGCUCAGUUUUCAGGGGCCUGGCGUGGCCCCCAAGCCUGAGGCCUCCCACACUUAGUGCCCCUGGCCCCCUUGAGAACUCUCCCCAGCCAAGCUAAAGCACAACACUUUCGCACCAUCACCAUUGGCACACACCCACCUUGGCCGCUGUUAGCAUCCCACCCUCAUCACUGUGCCUCCAUUGCCUAUGCACAACAUGUCAGCCACCUCUCUGACUCCCACCACGAAGGUCGUGGGUACGUGGUGGAGAAAACUGAAGCAAAGGGGGAGCGGGCUUCCUUCUCCUGGUGCCAAUCCCCAACCUAUGCAGGUCUGGCCAGGAAGGGAUCUUGCCUUAGAGGCCUCGCAGCUUCUGGGUUCAAGGCCUGGUCCCUGGUAAGAGUCUUCCUCCACCCUGGGGCAGGGGUCUUCUUUUGCUCUCCAUGCUGGGCAGACCUCUUGCAGGCCUGGGCUUGGCCAUGGGCCCUUGGGAGGGCCUGCUGGGUCUUGCAUGGAGGAAGACCCUCGACUCAGGCUAAGGAGAAGCCCAGGAAUAGCUGUGGACUUUGAGCUGGAGGGGCUGGGAUGAAUGCAAAGACUGUCUCAUUCCAUCCCCUGCCUCCAUGCAGUGGCCCCUCCAUGUGAAGAUCUGGAGGGGGUUCCAGGGCCUGCAAGGAGCUGGUCUACCCCCUCUCCCCUCCUACUCUGUAACCUGGAAUUGCAGCACUGCCUCUGCCCCUCAGGUGGCCAAGCCUGUCUCCUCACCCUCCAGACAGGGUCCCAGCUCCAGAGAGGCCUCUGGGAGCCGGGAGAACAGGGGGGACUACGCAGCUCUGUCUCACCUUCAGAGGCCCCUUCAGUCUCUGGCUGUGGGGUAACUUGGGGGGAGGAGCUGGCCACAGGUGAGUAAGGCAGGAGGCUCCGGUCCAGCCUCAGCCAUGGGAGGCCUGCCUCGCCAACGCUGCUGUACCUUCAAGGACCCACAUGUGAUGUGGGGGCGGAGGUAGCCGGUUAGCCACUGUUCCCCACCCCCCGCCGGCCGAUUUGUCACCUUGGGUUUUUAUAUCCAAUCUGUGUAUUUCAUAUCCAACGGCAAUACUUGCAAGGAGGCGUGGUCCCCUGAAGUCCCUCCAGUCCUGGUUUUUACAAAAUUAUUAAGAGGGAGGACCCCAGGCAGAGGCCCCCGGAGCGUGGGGCUACCUCUCUCACCUUGUCUUGCCUCCAGGCCUGUUUGCUGCCCUGAUGAGCAGCUUGGCCCUGGGUUCACUGUGGAGGGAGCUCUGUCUUCAUACCACCACCCAGCCCAGAGCCAGGGAUCCGUUUGUAGUUUUUUUUGACAACUGAGCAUUUAUCUUCUGUACAGAAUCUAAUAAAAACUUCCUGUGAUUUGCACCAGGCAAUCCGAGGCCGAUUUCAUGGAAACGCUUAGAACCUAACAGCACCGCUGGCCAGCUGCCCCUAAACGUCUCUCCCUCUGGGUCCUGAAUUCCUCCACUAGUGCACCCUUCCUUUGGGUUGGACUUGCCCCUUUCUCUAGGCAAAUCCAGCGGCCCCACUCAGCGAGUGAGUCAGACCUGGGGCAGCAGCAGGAUGGAGCGGCCUGGUGGGUUCCAAAGCCCUAAUAAAGGGCGGAGGUGACCUAUGAGUGCAGAUGGCAGCCCCUGCCCAGGUUUGGCUUCAGGGACCACUAGUACCAGUGAGGCUGAUUCCGGAGGGCGAGAAAGGCAGAGCAGUUGGAGCC